UGGCGGCAGGCGUUAGAGGAAGUGAAGGAAGCCGCUGAAGUGAAGUUCCAAAGAGUGCGGCACGUUUUCGUCAGUUUUCGUUGUUUCUCUAAGUCAUUCAUCAAUAUGGUCUGUGUGGUAUUAUUUUGAUAAAAUCUUCGAAGCAAGAGCGAUGCAUGGACUAGUUGCGGCUUCAAAUCGCGUGAAACCACCGGAUGGCUUCAGCGCGAGGCAACCUGUCAAGUUUAUUCCAGCGAUCUUAGUGAAUGUUUUUAUGUUGCUAUGGCUGUUUGUGGGUAGUCUUAACGCACUUUCCGAAAAUCUUACAUUCAUUGAGUUUGAUAAUAUGACAUUGAAGUGCCCUCUGGUUGCCUUAAAUGCCAGCAUCAAUUGGACAGGAAACAAAGGGGAACAUCUCCAUACUGGUCAGAAUUUCUCUAAGUCAAGUAUCAAGCGGAAUAUGAGUGGAAUCUACAAGUGUCGGAAUUCUAGUUCAUCAGAACAUUCUUUUAAUGUGAUAGUCCAAUAUGGGGCUGAAGGGGACAUUUCAUCAAAGACGACAAAUUUUACAUUUGGUCAGAAAAUUGAAAUUUCUUGCCAAAUUGAUGGUGUACCACCAGUUUCUGAAGUAGUCUGGUUUUUUAGGAACAGAAGCAUAGAUGAUAGCUGCUCUAACAUUUCAGGAAACAUCUCACGACUGAAAUACAGAAAUGCAAGUUGUGAUCUUCAAGGCAAUUAUACUUGCUCUCCCAGGAACACACUAAAGGAAAAUCCUGGAUUUACUGCACGAAAUGGGUCCACAAUUGUGCAUGUUAAAGGUUGUCCAGUUAGCAGUACUACUGUCUCAGCAAGUGACAGCACCACACCCACACCCACACAUUCAACACUAGGUUGUCCAGUUAGCAGUACUACUGUCUCAGCAAGUGACAGCACCACACCCACACCCACACAUUCAACACUAGGUUGUCCAGUUAGCAGUACUACUGUCUCAGCAAGUGACAGCACCACACCCACACCCACAAAAUCAGAUAAACAUGCAGCAGGUAUUGUUAUUCUUGGAGUUUUCGUUGGGGUACUUGUUGUUGCUGCUGCUGUGGGAGCAUUUUUGUGGCUGAGGUACAGGAGAUGCCAAUGCUGUUGUAAGAAGUACUGUAAUGUAUUCUUUCCAAGUGACCCUAUACCUCCUGACACACCAACUAAGCCACGAAGACCAAGCCUUGUUGGGUAUUCAAGUAAGAUCUUAGCUUGA